AUGUGGCUCCCUCUCAUCCUCCUCACUGCCACGGCAGCUCCCAUCCUCGCCAACCCCCUAACAUCCCCACUUAACAAGCGUGCCGCCAUCGACGACUGCCUCAAAUCCGCCGGCGUCCCAGCCGAUGCCCAGGGGUCCUCCGAUUGGCGCGCCGACGUCAAUCCCUUCAAUCAGCGCCUGCCAUACACGCCGGUAGCCAUUGCCGUCCCCACCACCGUCGAACACAUUCAAGGCGCCGUCUCCUGUGCCGCGAAGCUGGGAAUCAAAGUCACCCCCAAAUCAGGAGGACACAGUUAUGCCUCGUUUGGUCUAGGCGGAGAGAACGGGCAUCUGGUUGUGGAAUUGGAUCGCAUGUUCAAAGUGACGCUAGAUAAGACGACGAAUAUCGCGGAUAUCCAAGCGGGAGCGAGACUGGGACAUGUGGCGACCGAAUUGUAUAAACAGGGCAAGAGAGCUUUCUCACAUGGGACUUGUCCUGGAGUCGGAGUAGCAGGCCACUCCCUCCACGGCGGCUUCGGCUUCUCCUCGCACACCUACGGUCUAGCAGUAGACUGGAUUGCCGCCGCCACCGUCGUUCUGGCCAACAGCACCGUGGUAACUGCCUCGCCAACCGAGAACCCGGACCUCUUCUGGGCUUUGCGCGGCGCCGGGUCCAACUUUGGUAUUGUGACUUCCUUCAAGUUCAACACCUUUGCUGCACCCUCGCAGGUCACUGCUUUCCAGAUUAACUUGCCCUGGAACUCAGCGUCGUCGAUUGCGUCCGGCUGGGGAAAGUUGCAGGAUUGGUUGGCAGCGGGCAACAUGCCCAAGGAGAUGAACUUCCGAAUCUUCGGCUCGCCGAGUCAGACGCAAAUCCAGGGCUUGUAUCACGGUAGUAGCUCUGCGCUGAGGACGGCCGCGCAGCCGUUGCUGAGCGCUCUUGGCGCAAGCUUGAGCAAUGCGCAGCAGUAUGACUGGAUGGGAGCGUUUACUUAUUACACUUAUGGGGGAACGGUGGAUGUUACGCAUCCUUAUAACCAGGUUGAAACCUUCUACUCCAAAUCCCUCGUCACCACCGCCCUCCCCUCCGCCGCCCUCAACUCGGUCGCCUCCUACUGGAUUAACACCGCCAAGCGCGUCAACCGCGACUGGUUCAUCAUCAUCGACAUGCACGGCGGUCCCAAGUCCGCCAUCACAUCCACCACCACCAACUCGGCCAACUACACCAGUUCGUACGCCUAUCGCAGCCCCGAGUACCUCUUCCUCUACGAGCUCUACGACCGCGUCCAGUUCGGCAGUUAUCCCAGCAACGGAUUCAGCUUUCUCGAUGGAUGGGUCAAGAGCUUUACGGAUAAUAUGAAGCAGGACCAGUGGGGGAUGUAUAUCAAUUAUGCGGAUCCCACUAUGAAGAGGGCUGAGGCGGUGGGGAAUUAUUAUCGGGGGAGCUUGGAGAGGUUGAAGCAGGUGAAGGCACAGUAUGAUCCGAAUGAGCUGUUUUAUUAUCCGCAGAGCGUUGAGCCGGCGAAGUAG